UAAUAAAUGAAUAAAAUGGCUACGUACGGAGACGAAUCACUCGACAGCUACGUCUACUCCUCGUACAACCCUUACUCGUACAGAUGCCCGAAGCCUAAGAGCUGGCGGCAGAAGAGCUACCUGAGCGCGUACGGCGACGGAGAGAGCUAUUUCGAUAACUACCACCGCGCGCAGCUCAAAUCCAUCCUGUCGCAGAUCAACCCGAACCUCACACCGCGCCUGCGCAAAGCCAACACCAAAGACGUGGGCGUACAGGUGAACCCGAAGGCCGACGCCUCGGUGCAAUGCUCGCUUGGACCGCGCACUUUGGCUGCACGCUGGAGGGACGCAGUGCGCAGGCGCAGACCGGAUGGCCAGACUCCAGGCAGCCCGGUGAGCCCCGGGGUUCGGUUCCCGCGCACGCAGGCCGUGUACUCCCCGAUCGCCAUGCGGGGACUCGCGGCUCUUCUGCAGGACCAGGAAGAUAAUGAUGACGAUGAAGAGGAGCAGAAGCGCGAAGGAGGAACAGAAGAGGCCGAGAGCACAGACAAGGGCGAGGAGCUGGAAGAGGGUGUGGAGGGAAAAGAACCAACAAAGCUUAGUCCUGGUAAAAACGAUGAUGAAAGCGAGCAGAUAAAAGUGGAUGAGGAGAAUGAGAGAAGCGUUCAGGGUGAGCCCAAGUCCAAGGGGAGAGUGCGCUUCCAGUUUUUGGAACAGAAGUAUGGCUACUACCACUGCAGAGACUGCAACCUUCGCUGGGAGAGCGCUUACGUGUGGUGUGUUCAGGGCACCAACAAGGUUUAUUUCAAGCAGUUUUGCAGAACGUGCCAGAAGGCUUUCAACCCAUACCGGGUAGAGGACAUAACCUGUCAGAGCUGCAAGAAGGCGCGCUGUACAUGUCCAGGAACAGCACGCCAUGUGGAUCCUAAACGGCCACACCGACAAGACCUGUGUGGUCGCUGCAAAGGCAAACGACUCUCUUGCGACAGCACCUUCAGUUUUAAGUACAUCAUCUAGUGCAUUUCUCUGAUCCCUGCACACAAUCCAUCCCAGUGGCGGUUCACUGCUGUUAUAACUAUAAUGCUUAGGCAAGGAUCUCUGCUAUCCUCGUCCUCUACCAGGGACAACCUUGGAGACUGAAGCUGUAGUCUUGAAGGGGGAGGCCUUGUACCAGUGCCAAAGACUGGAAUGGUUUUUGUUUUCGUUCACUUGUGUUGAACAGAGUUCCUAGUAGUGAACCAUUUUUUUGGAAAAGUGAAAAUAAAUCUGAAUCAACAGCA